GAAGGAUCCAGUUGUGGGGUCACCCUAUCGCCGUUGACUGGGCAGAACCAGAAGUGGAGGUGGACGAAGACACCAUGUCAUCAGUAAAAAUUCUCUAUGUGAGGAACCUCAUGCUCUCGACCACAGAGGAGACCAUAGAAAAGGAGUUCAACAACAUCAAACCAGGUGCAGUAGAGAGAGUAAAGAAAAUUAGAGACUACGCCUUUGUGCACUUUAAUAAAAGGGAAGAUGCUUUGGAAGCUAUGAAAGCCUUGAAUGGGAAGGUGCUGGAUGGGUCCCCAGUCGAGGUGACAUUAGCCAAGCCCGUUGACAAAGACAGCUACGUCAGAUACACCCGGGGCACAGGCGGCAGAGGUACCAUGUUGCAAGGAGAGUACACCUACACCUUUGGGCAUGUGUACGACCCUGCCACCGCUUACCUGGGUGCCCCAGUUUUCUACGCACCCCAAGCCUACGCAGCUAUCCCCAACCUUCACUUCCCUGCCACUAAGGGGCUCAGCAACAGGAGCAUCAUCCGGCCCCCAUCCAUCCGAGAAAUUUACAUGAAUGUACCUGUAGGGGCUGCGGGAGUUAGAGGCCUGGGAGGUCGCGGCUACCUGGCGUACACGGGUCUGGGGCGCGGAUAUCAGCUCAAAGGAGAAAAGCGGGGAGAGGAUAAACUCUACGACCUCUUGCCAGGAAUGGAGCUCACGCCGAUGAACCACGUCACGCUAAAGCCCCAAGGGAUCAAACUCGCUCCUCAGAUCUUAGAAGAAAUCUGCCAGAAAAACAACUGGGGACAGCCCGUUUACCAGCUCCACUCUGCAAUUGGCCAAGACCAAAGACAACUCUUCCUGUACAAAAUCACCAUCCCUGCCCUCACCAGCCAGAACCCCGCCAUACAUCCCUUCACACCACCCAAGCUCAGUGCCUACAUUGAUGAAGCCAAAACCUACGCAGCAGAAUAUACCCUUCAGACGCUGGGGAUUCCCAUGGAGGGAGCAGAGGUGCCGCCUGCAGCGCCAGCUUUUCCAGGAUACGCUAUUGCUAAUGCAGCCGCAACGGUCACAGCCACUCAGCUCAAACAAGCGGUCACUAUGGGACAAGAUUUAGCAACGUAUGCAGCGUAUGAAGCCUACCCCGCCUUUGCGAUCACUGCACGCAGCGAUGGCUACGGAGCAUUUUAA